AUGGGCAAGGGCGGCAAGACCACUGCCUCCGAGGAGGCCGAGAACCUGCUGAGCUCGGAUCGCUUCAGGCCCUUCCUGGAUGAGUCGUUCGACGCCGCCAGCUUUGCGUCGCGCAGCCUGUCUGAGAGCCACACCACGGCCCAGGCGCAGACGGAACAGCUGCAGUAUGGCGUGGCAGCGCUGGACCAGGCCCUGCGCUCCCUGGUGCUGCACAACCAGGAGGACCUGAUCUCCCAGACAUCCAGGCUGGCAGAGGCGGAGGCGGCGGUGCACCGCAUCGGCCUGUCGGUGCGGUCGCUGCAGAUGGUGGCGGCCCGCGUGCGCGCCGAGGUGGCGGAGCCCUACCAGCAGAUUGCCACGCGCACGCGGCAGCUCAAGAACCUGCAGGCCACCGUGGACCUGCUGCGCCACGUCAUCCACCGCCUCAAGCUGGUCGCCAAGCUGCGCGCCCAGAUGGCGGCCACCGACAGCGCAGGCAUCCUGGAGGUCGCCAAGGCCGCCAAGCUGCUGUCCGAGAUUGCGGCGGUGGAUGCCGAGGCCGACCUGUCUGGCAUCGAGGCAGUGGAUGCGGAUGCAGAGUUCCUGCAGACCGCCGCCGCCGUCGUGCGCAGCCAGACAGAGGCGGCGCUCAAGGCGGGGCUGGAGUGCCUGAGCCAGGCGGACGUGGGCAGCGCACUGCAGGUGCUCUACAACCUCAACGAGCUGCAGCAGGCGGUGGCGGGGCUGGCGGACCAGGCGGCGGCCUCCUUUGGCCGCGAGCUGGCCGCGGCGCUCGACCCGCGCAAGCUGUCGGCCAGCAGCGUGGCGGCGAGGGGCGGGCCCGGCACCGCGCUGCCCGGCUCCGCGGCCAAGGUGCAGGAGGUGCUGUGGGAGAAGCUGGGCGGCGCGCUGGAGCACCUGCAGCGCAGCGCCAUCGAGGUGUGGCACCUGCAGCGCGUGCUGGCCAAGAAGCGCGACCCGCUGUCGCACGUUCUCUUCCUGGACGUGGUGGCGUCCCGCGACUCAGACCCCCUGCCCCUGGAGCGCUUCUGGGCCCGCGCCAACGCCGCCAUGGCCGACGGCUUCGCCGCCGCCUUUGGCACCGCCCGCGGCGGCUUUGUGCGCGACUCGCUCACCGCGGGAUACCCACGGCUGGCGGGGCUGCUGGAGGGGGCGGCGGCGCGGGUGCUGCGCGACUCGGCCGUGCGGGACGUGGCGCCGGCGCUGGAUGGGGAGCAGGCCGCGUCGCUGGUGGAGGCGGCGGGCGACUUUGAGGCCGCCUACCUGGCACAGUCGCUGGCGCGGCUGUCGGAGGCGGCGGCGGCGGCCUUCCCGGGCAGCAGCCGCGCGCUGCCCACCGCCGCCGACCUCCAAAAGUCGAUUGCCCGCGUGCACGAGGAGCUCAAGGCCGCCUCGGGCUCCCCGCGUCUGGCCCUGCUGGUGGCGUCCACCGUGGGACAGGCGCUGGGUGUGAUGGCGCAGAGGGGGGAGUACAUGGCUGCCACGGGCCCCGAGCUGCGCGCCGUGGGCGCCGCCUGCAACCCGUCCCAGCUGCGCAACAUCGCGCUGUGCAACUGCCUGCAAGAGGUGCACCGCAGCGUGGGCGGCAUGGUGGGGCGGCUGCCCGCUGCGGCCGCCGCCGCGCUGGCGGCGCCGCUGGCGGGGCUGCAGGCGGCGGCGGUGGAGGCGGUGGCGCCCACCUUCCGCGCGCUGGUGGAGGGGAUGGAGGAGCAGCUGAUGGCGAUGCACGGCACACCCGCCUACGCGGGCCCGCCGCCGCCGCCCGCGGGUCAGCCAGGCGACGACGCCACGGCGGCAGCGGCUGCGGUCACCGACACCUCGCCUUACAUGCGUGACCUGGCGCGCCAGCUGGCGCACUGCCGCCUCGAGUUCCUCACCAAGUUCAACCCCUCGCCCGCCUCCCCCGUGCCCUCUGUCGCUCGCGCGCUUGUCGAGCGCAUGGCGGCGCGCCUGCUGCUCUUCGCGCUGCGCCACGCCUCCCUGCUGCGCCCGCUGCCGCAGGCCGGCAAGCUGCAGCUGGCAAAGGACUUGGCUGAGCUGGAGGCGGCGGUGGGCCAGAACCUGGUGCCCCUGGAGCAGCUGGGCAGGCCGGCGCGUGCGCUGCGCGCCUUCCGCCGCCUGCUGUUUGUGGCGAGCGGCGACGUGGAGGGCAGCCCGCUGCUGCGGGAGCUGCCGCGCCCCGAGGUGCUGCACCACCUCUACUCCCGCGCACCCUCCGAGCUCCAGUCGCCCCACACCCGCAGCGGCCUCACCCCCUCGCAGUAUUCGCUGUGGCUGGAUGGGCACAGCGAGGCGGAGGCGCUCAAGUUCAUCCGCACCGCGCUGGAGGCGUGUGCGGGGCGGGCCAAGGCGGCAGAGGGCUUCGAGGAGAGCUACCCGCUGAUGAAGCGGCUGGCUGCGGGCGCAUGA